AUGGCGGAUGAGCAGGUUCCACAAGUUCCACAAGUUCCACAGGUUCCACAAAUUCCCCAGGUUCCUCAAGUACCUCAAGCUCAAGUUCAACCUGGACAGGCCGAGGAUGCGGAACCGGCUGUUUUACCUCAGCCUGCAGACCAGCAAGACGAGUUACAGGGGACGUCAACUCUCCCUCCCGGAUUUGCCGGGAGACUCCCGGAUUCAGAUCGAAUCUCCCGGUCUCAAGAUUUUAGCCCUAAAUCUCCCGGAUACGGGAUGGUGAACAACGCCCAUAUCACGCCAGAAUUCAUAUCAUCUGCUGUCAAUGGCCGUCAACUGGCUGAUGUAUCCCAAUUGUCGUUCCGGGACCCAGGUUGUUUUCUAGCCGGAGGGUUGCAUCGUUGCAAAGACGCCUGGGAGAAUCUGUUUGAUUAUGCGAAUGGSAAUUUCCGCGAAGUAAAGGAUUGGCUUGAUAACUUUGUUGAUUUGGAGAAUUUCUUGACCCAUUUUAAAGGGAGCUACAAAGGUAUUAACUAUGACUGCGACAGACCCCCAUCACGUUACUUUCCAAAUCAUGUAUCGUGCAAGCCUUUUGUGUCGUAUAUUUCUAAGACRAUAUUAAGCAGACUAGCUUCGGGAGCCAUCGCGGUGUGGGGGAAAGUAGGCAAGUGCCAACCGCCGCAUCUUGUUAUGCCUUUGAYUGUUGAGCCGACUAAGCCACGUUUAUGUAAUGACAACAGGUUUWUGRACCUGUGGACCAAAGAUCGACCGUUCUCAUUGGACUCUGUUUUKCAUCUUCCAAAGUACGUCCAUAARAACUCGUACCAAACGGUAUGUGAUGACAAAUCUGGCUACGACCAUAUUCUGCUGUCUCCCAACAGCCGCACCUACUUUGGUUUCCAAUGGGGAGGUUGGUUGUUUGUUAGUUGUACCAUUCCGUUUGGUUGGAAGUCUUCYGCUUUCAUCUAUCAUACGACUGGGCUUGUUGCGUCGCACUACCUCCGAUCUUUGGGUAUCCCAUCAUCCCUUUACAUAGACGAUCGCCAUACUGGUCAGCUUUCUCUGUCCAAAGAUACCCGGUCACCCGUCUAUGAGGCUCUGCAGUCUGAAGAUCUCUUGAAUUUGGCUCUGGUUGAGAGUAAGAAAGAGAAAUUCCUCGCCCUCCUUAGGCAGGCUCUUGCCUGUGGUUCCCUAGACUUGCUCACUCUGCAAAAGCUAGGCGGAAAGUGUAUGUCAUUGGCUCUAGCUGUUCCUGGAACGCGCAURUACACUAAUGAGAUAUAUCUGGCCAUAUCACGUGCCAUGCGCUCCACACGACCUGUCCAAGUAAGCCGAGGUCUUCGAGCAGAGUUGGAGCAUUGGCUCUUUCUGGAUACCUGGGACGGUUUCCUGCCAUGGAGGUCGGAUAAACAUUGCCAUAUAAAGCUAUACACCGACUCGUCUGCGUUUGCCUGGGGAGGCGUGUUGAGUCCGGGUGUUAUCCAAGCAAAUGUCUGUGAUUAUUGGGGCCCAAAGGUGUUAGGCCUUGACAUUGCCACAAAGGAAACGCUCGCUCUCAAUAAUGUGUUGCAGUCCUUUCAGGGAAAGAUUCGAAACUCCUGGGUAGAUGCUUAUGUUGACAGCCAAACCCUGCUUCGCUGCUGGGAAAGGCAGGGAUCCCGAUCUCCAGYGUUAAUUGMAGCCCUUAAAAGUGUUUUCCAGACAUGUGUCAGUUYGAACAUCGACCUUCGCCUCCACUAURUUCCUGGCCCUGAGAAUCCGGCAGAUGCGCYGUCCCGCAACAUCAGUCUCCAGGAYUMCAUGCUUAGUUSUCGCCUUUGGCGCCUGGUCCAAGCAUUCUAUGGAGGAGCAAACGGGCAUUCUGUCGAUCUGAUGGCUCGGCGAUCUAAUGUCCAGCCAGAUAAUCAGGGUGAGCCACUCCCCUUCUUCUCAGAGAAACCCAUGGUCGGUGCUCUAGGAGCCAAUAUGUUUGCCCAAUCGCCGGAACUUCAUAAACCCGGAUUGUUUGAAAAUCCGUAUGUCUUCCCACCCAUCUGCUUAAUUGCGCACGUCUUUAAGUACCUUGAAGACCUCCGGUUACCCUAUACCAUGGUAGUCCCGGAUGUUUGUCCUCGUCGUUUUUGGUGGCCGUUGCUUGCUAAUUCUUGUUCUGAGUGCCGACUCCUUGCCGCUAAAGGGACAGUGGGUGCGCUCCUGACACCAUCAAAGCAUGGCUUCUCGGAAGAUUGGCCGAUASCAUGGGACUUAUACGUAUUUCGUAUCUCCAGACAGUAAUUGAUAUUACCAGUACUUACUUUUAAUAUAUAAUAUGCUAAUGCAGACAUGAAUUUUAAGUGUAGGCUAAUGUUCUAAACCUGAUAAAAGUUAUUUCCAUCAAAUUUGUAUGAAUUGUUGACAAUCGCGUUUCCCCUGCUGAACCCCGCCGCGCGCACGCCUUUUGUGACAAUAUACAUAUAUACAAUAUAUACAAUAUAUACAAUUCUUCUCGUUAUUCUGCCUAAAUUACUAUAUUGACCUGUAUUUUAGGGCCUA